AUGGAAGACGAAGAUUUAGAUCACUAUUAUGAAUUGAAUGAGAAUCUAAAGAAAAUAACCAUUCGAAAAUAUCCCAAUUUAAAUGAAUAUUUAGAUAUAUUAAAUGAAGUAAUUGAUACUAAUUUUGUACAUGAUGAAGAUAGAAAACCUAUUUUUCAUUAUGUUUUAGGAGAUAAUCAGUUUAGUGUUACUGACGGUGGUGUGAACGUCGAAUUACAGCAUAUAUCUGAUGAUGAUAUGGAUGAUGAAGAAGACAUGGAAUCUAGCCUUGAUAUUUAUUACAGGUUUAUUAUAAAUAAUUAUAAUAAAAAGGCAAGUGAUACUUCAUUUUUUAAGGAUGAUUCGAUAAAUAAAUGCUUUUAUUUUAAAUAUUGGUUUUAUGAUUAUUUAAUAAAUAAUAAAAUUUCUAAAAAAAUUAUUAAUGAAUUUUUCAGUCUUUUGUUUGAUGAUAAGGUGGAAGAUGAUGCCCUAAAUGUAUAUAGAGAACAAGAUUCAGAAACGUGUCAAAUUAAUAGAAUGGAAUUACAUCAAAUUAAGAACAUAAAAAUAUUAUACGAUUAUUUGGAAAACUAUGAUAAUGAUACACAUAAGGCUGUUAUAGAAGGAAAAAUAAAAAAGAGUAAAUUCUGCACUUCCUUUAACGUCUUAAUCAAAGAAUACAACAAAACAGUUGAUUGUAUUAGUACGGGUAGUGAUAAUGAUUAUUGCAGUGAAUUGGAGUAUUGUAGGAAUAUAUAUAAAGGAAUUGAAUUAAAUGAGUUAGAAUGUUUAAAUAAUGGAGAAAGUAAAGAACCCAUAUCUGGUAAAGAUGGUGGUACUACAACCAUGGGUGUACAUGGAAAAGGAAAUCCAGUAGUAGAAAAUACAGGACGGCAAUCUGAUAAUGUAGUAAGUGUAGUUGCAUCAUCGAAAGGUAAUCGUAAUAAUUUUAAUUUACGUUUUAUAAUUAACAAAAUGUAUUGUAUACUAUAG